UGCAGCUCUUUGUAAGCCACCGAAUGCAGUUAACGCCGAUAAUAAUAGUGGCAUAUAGUGGCGCCGCUGAAGUAUAUAUGACGACCAUACCACCCGCAAGUGACAUCAGGCUGGUUUUCUUUACGAAUCAUCGCAUAGCUACGAAUUUUGUCAAGUCUAGCUUGCGAAAAAACAACACGUCAAAACAAAUACAAGAAAGAGAUACAUCAAUUACCAUGACUCUCCCUUCUACCUUCAAGGCCGCCGUCUUCAAGGCGCAGGGCGAACCCUUGACCCUCGAGGACCUGCCCAUGAAGGAGCCUGGUCGUGGUGAGCUUCUCGUAAAGGUUGAGGCUUGCGGUGUCUGCCAUUCGGAUUCAUUCGCACAAAAUAAUGCUUUUGGUGGUGGUUUCCCUCUAAUCCCUGGCCAUGAGAUAAUUGGCCGCGUUGCAGCAGUAGGGCCAGACGUCAGCGGAUGGGAAGCUGGCCAGCGUGUGGGAUCUGGCUGGCAUGGUGGACACGAUGGAACAUGCAAGGCAUGCAACAAAGGCCUGCACCAGAUGUGCGACAACAAAACUAUCAACGGGAUAACCAAGAACGGUGGCUAUGCGGAAUACUGUGUCAUCAGGUCCGAAGCAGCCGUCCGUAUUCCUGAGCAUGUCGACGCAGCCAAGUAUGCACCCAUCCUGUGCGCAGGCGUGACGACCUACAACUCGAUGAGGCGCCAGGGAAUCGCCCAAGGUGAGACGGUGGCGAUCCAGGGACUGGGUGGCCUAGGUCACCUGGCGAUCCAGUACGCGCGGCGCAUGGGCUACCACGUCGUGGCCAUCUCGAGAGGCGCCGACAAGGAGAAGGCGGCCAGGGAGCUGGGUGCGCACGAGUACAUUGACGCAGCCAAAGACGACCCCGCCGCAGCUCUCCAAAAGCUCGGCGGAGCUGCACUUAUUGUUGCUACCGCGCCCCAUGCAGACGCCAUCUCCCCCCUGAUCGGCGGCUUGGACAUAAUGGGAAAGUUGUUGCUCCUUGCGGUUCCGGGUCCCUUGAGCGUGAACAUUGCCGCAAUGCUUGGAAAAGGCUGCUCGGUCGUUACCUGGCCCUCUGGCAAUGCGCUCGACUCAGAAGAGGCCAUCAAGUUCACCGAUAUGCAGGAUGUUGACUGCAAAAUUGAGACUUUCCCUCUCGAAAAGGCAAACGAUGCGUACAAGGUGAUGAUGGAUGGUUCUGUGCGGUUCCGAUCAGUCGUGACAAUGACCUGAGAUUAUGAAGACAGCUGCAAUUGAGGGUCGCUUCUCAGAAUUCUUGCAGAAGGUUACAUGUUACUGGGUGCGGUCAUACCGAGUUUGGGAGGGGGAGGGGUAAAGCGUGACGGCCGGUUGAAAAGGUGCAGGAAAGAGCCUUUGUCAAUGGCUCUGUGGCUUGAACGGUUGCUAGAAGAGACAUGGGUGGGCUCAGUAACGAAUCGGGAAGCAGGCAAGAAAUGUUCAGGGCACAUACCUCACCCGCCCAGGUGCUUACCUCUCGUAGGUACCCAAUAAAAUAACAAAGGAGGAAAUCUACCAGA